AUGUCACGUGAAGAGGAUGCAAAGAUACAGAACAUACUUCAACAUCCGGAUGGGCACAUGUUAGCAGUUCAACUGCUGCGUCAGAAACUGCUGGAUAUCGGAUACCUGUCGUACCUAGCUCUGCCUGAAGAGGGGCAUUCUGAUUGGGCCACAGCGGCCGUCACUCUGUUGGUGCCCGUGCGGCAGCAGCACACUAUGGGUGUCAAGGGACGCAUGAAUAUGCGGAAAAAGUACGCCGAAAAGCAGAAACGGGAUUUAGAGCCCACUGAAUUGGCAGAGAUAGAGAAAUUUGAGAAGAUCAUAAAAAACACCAUGUCUAGUUCUACAGGCCUAGUUAACCAUGAGGGUGACAGUGAGUGGUUUCUACGAGACAUGGCGAUGAUAGCCCAGUGGCUGGUGCCACAGAGGAAAGGGGACAUGCCCCUCAAGAACGUGACCAUGGAAGCCGAACGAGACGACUACUUCAAAGCGCACAUUCACUUCGCCGGCUCAGCAGUCACACUUAAGAAUCUGCUACCGCCAGGCGGGUUCCCUUCUGUGCUGCUGGCUGCGGCUGUACACCUGCACUAACACAGAUAAAGUAGAAAGCUACUCAAACAGGGCAUGUGUAAACAUGGACGCAGGAAC